AUGAAUGGGAAGGGCCCUUAUUCUGGCUCUUCCCUGGUGCUGAGAGUCACUCAGCAGCUUCAUUUUUCCUCGGUAGGCCUCUCUAGCACUGCAGAGUUUCAGGACAAAAUGAGCCCAAAUAGUGACGAGCAAAGCCAGAUCUACCAGCAGCAGCCUCAACGAUAUCAUAAUGGAGGAUUCAGACCUAGACCUCCUGCUGGUUACAGAAACCAACAAGAAGGUUCUCAGCAAGGACCACCUCAACAAGGAGGCCAGCAGCAGCAACCAAAUGGUCCCCCUUGUCCUGGUAACCAUCAGAGACCACCUCAACAAGGAGGUCAGCAACACCAACCCGAUGGUCCCCCUUGUCCUGGAAACCAGCAAGGACCAUCCAACAAGGAGGUCAGCAGCAACAGCAGCAGCAGCAACCAAAUGCCCCCCCCCAUCCUGGUAACCAGAAGGGACCACCCCAGCAAGGAGGCCAGCAGCAGCAGAGCAACAAAUGCCCCCCCCCUCGUCCUGGAAACCAUCAGGGACCACCUCAACAAGGAGGCCAGCAGCAACAACCCAAAGGGCCCCCCUUGUCCUGAAAACCGGCAGGAACCACCCCAACAAGGAGAACAGUACUAA